UCCCUCCCCCGACCCCAGGUAACGUUGGAGGCUCGGAUUGGCUCUCCAACUGGGAAGGUCAGGUCCACAGCCAAGCGAAGAGGACGAGUGAAGCGGGUUAUGGGAAAUUGCGUUGGAGAGUGAAGGAGGAAAAAGGAAAAAGGAAAAAAAGAAAAGAAAAAUCUUGGAGAGAUUCCAUCACUGACGACCUUUUCGAAAUCGAUACCGGUAGCAGAUCCUUCUCACCUUUCUCACCCACAAUUCGGACGAGGUGGGUGGGUGGUGUGGAUGGAUGGUCCUGGAUUCCGGUAUCUACCGGUUAACAAACCUUAGUACCUACCGGUAGCGUAUCAGAUUAGUACCGGUACUGCAUCUACGAGUAUAAUGCCUAUACUAUCUAUGGCGAACGCCUGUGUGGGAUUUAAAAAUUAUCCUUCUCCAGAUUUCAUUUGACUGUAAUACUCGUACGGUAUCAUAAUGAGGAGCAGGAGCAGUGAGGAGUACUGUACGGCAAAGGUUAAUUGCUUGCCUGUUGCCCGAUUCAGACUGACUCCCUGCCUCCCUGCCUCCCACCUCAGGCGGCACAGUGCGUUACAAUCAGUCCGGUCUGUCCUUUACCGUGGUCCUACAGUACUCGUACAGAGAGAAAAAAAAGAAGGGGAAGGAAUGGAAAGGAAAUGGAAGGCAGACGCCUACCGUUUUAUUUAGUGCAUGUUUAAUAGCAUAUCAUACAUAAAUAUCAUACAUAAUUUUGGGCUGAAGCAUACCGGUACUCGUACUGUACGGUGGGACCGCGGACUCAACCUCCAACGUUGCCCGGUUUCUGUUUUCCUGAGGAGUUUCCUCCUCCGCUUCAGCCAUCCCUCCACUUCUCUCCUUGGGGAACGUGGCCUCAACAAAGGAAAAAAAAAAAAAGGCCCCUACCUUUGUAACACACAAAGCGAAUCCCUAUAAAACCUGUCCAACGCAAAGUGAGGGAGGCACAGAUGGAUCAGAGUGCGGUAAGAGGGAGUACCGUAAUAGAGAGAAUGGAAGCGGUAUGUUCAUAAAAUAAAAUAAAGACCCUUAAUCCAGGCCAAAGUCAUAUCCUCCCUCCCCCCUCUCUCUUCCAGAGAAAAAAAAGAAGAAGGAGAAGAACAAUCAAUACCGGUUAAGAUCUUGCGCCUCCAUUCCGAUUUUUUUCUCCCAGAGCUGACGUCGAUAUAGGGCGCGCAUAUAUAACAUUGCCGAGAUCAUAAAGAUAUGGUGUGUAUAUAUAUUAAUAUUACUCCGCCAUUGGGUUGAAGAUUUUCCAUAGAUUGGAAUUCACGUUUAUUACUAUUCCAUCCUAUGCACGUUUUCUGUACGGACAGGAAAAAUAUAGUAAGGUGGCGUAGCGUAUGUUGAAGAAGGAUCGCACAGGGCUUCUCUUUUUUCUUUUCUUUUUUCCAUUUUUUUCUCUUUCCCUUUUUGCCUCUUAUUACCCCCAUUUACUAACUACUCCGCCUCAUACCUCAUCUCUUGUUUUAUGUCAUAGGUAAUCUGUUUUACCUAUCAACUGAUCAUGUUUCUUCUCUCUCUCUCUCUCUCUCUCUCUAUCGAUCACCUUCUUCUCUUCGCUUGCUUGCCUUCAGCAAUUGUGCCUAAUGAAGCAGGGUCGGCUCGGCGAUUUUUAUUUUAUUUAUGCAUUUUUUUUGCCGUAUAUCCACGUGUGCUUUACAGGUUUUAUGUAACUCGAUAGAUUAGUAUCAUCUAAAAGGGAGUGUCGUCACCCACUGCCAUAUUCAUUAAUU